CUCUAGCCUAAGAAUUGACUAAAUCAAGACAAUCAAGAUGACAAACGAACCUAUUAAAGAGAUCCUGGGUGCUCCAAAGCAUCCUGAUUCUGUAAGCACGGAGAAGAGUAACAACAAUGACUGUGUGAUAACCACCAUCCCUCUUGUCAGUGAGUGCCAGCUGACUGCAGCAACAGGGGGAGCAGAACUCUCCUGUUACCGCUGCACCAUUCCCUUCGGUGUGGUUAUCCUCAUAGCCGGCAUUGUGGUUACUGCUGUGGCAUACAGCUUCAAUUCCCACGGAUCAAUCAUCUCAGUGUUUGGAUUAGUCCUCUUGUCAUCAGGACUCCUUUUGCUGGCUUCUAGUGCAGUGUGCUGGAAAAUCAGGCAGCAAAACAAGAAAGCAAAGAGGCGGGAGAGCCAGACAGCGCUUGUGGCAAAUCAGCGAACCUUGUUUGGUUAA